AUGGCUCUUAUGUACGGCAAGGAGAAGGAUGCAGAGCACGAGAUAGACAACUCCUCACACCCCGGCUUCUGCUCCUGGUUCGCGAAGCUGCCCUCCAAGUCGCCCGAGACGGGCACGGUCCGGCUCUUUUUUCGCACCGAGUACUACUCCGCACAUGGGCCGGACGCGCUCUUUGUCGCCCAGCACGUCUUUCGCACGAACUCGGUCAUCAAAUACCUCGGCGGCGGAGGGCCAGGCAAGGGCCUGCCGAGCGUGACGCUAAACGAGACCCUCGCGAAAGGCUUCCUCCGCGAGGCGUUGACAAGCAAGCAGCUUAAAGUUGAAAUAUGGAAGCCGAAGCCGGGCCAGGGGAAGAAGGCGGUUGAGUUCGUCCUGGACAAAGAGGCGUCCCCGGGGAACCUGUCCGCUGUAGAGGACAUGCUGUUCGUGAACACGGACAUCGUGUCUGCGCCGAUCGUGAUGGCUAUCAAGGUUGCGAGCUCGCCGGCGGCACAGGGUAGUGCGACGAAGACAAAGGCGAUUGGGGUGGCGUACGUUGACAGCAGCACACGCGAACUCGGGGUUGCGGACUUUGUCGACAACGAUAUCUUCUCGAACACCGAGACGCUUAUAAUCCAGCUUUCCGUGAAAGAGGCGAUUGUUCAAACGGGCACGGCAUCGGGGACGACGGAGCGCGACUUUGACUUGAAGAAGCUGAAGGAAGUGCUCGACCGCUGUGGGGUAGUCGUCACCGAAAGGAAGCCCAGCGAGUUCUCCACGAAAAGUAUCAGCGAAGACGUCGUCCGCCUUCUGAAUGCAAGCUCAAUGCCGUCGUCCUCGACCGACCCCGCAGCCUCGAUCUCUGAACUGUCGCUGCCUUCAGCUCCCGCUGCCUUGGCUGCGUUAGUGAUGUACCUUUCGCUCAUGACUGACCCGUCGAACCACGGCGCCUGGAGCAUACGAACCCACGACCUGUCCCAAUAUAUGCGCCUCGACGCCAGCGCUCUUCGUGCGCUCAACCUAACGGAAGCUCCGGGAAAUAUCGGGUCAAACAAAAACACUACGUUGUUCGGGCUGCUCAACAAAUGCAAGACAGCCCAGGGGUCCAGGCUGCUUGGAAGCUGGUUGAAACAGCCACUGGUCAACCGUCAUGAGAUUCUCAAGCGCCAGCGUUUGGUGGAAACCUUCUUCGAGGAUGCCAACACUCGCAGGACCAUUCAAGACGAGUAUCUGAAGUACAUGCCAGACAUGCAUCGGAUCAGCAAACGGUUUCAAAAGUCAAUCGCCUCGCUCGAGGAUGUGGUUCGAGUGUACCAAGCGGUUCUGAAGCUCGAAGGUCUCAUCAAGGCCUUGGACGAAAUUGAGGCAUCUUCAGAAGAACAGAAGACUCUGUUGCAAGAGACGUACCUUGCGCAGUUUCGGGAGUACGAAGGAUCGCUUUCAAAAUACUCGGAAAUGGUCCAGCAAACGCUGGACCUCGACGAGCUCGAGAAUCACAACUUCGUGAUCAAGCCUGACUAUGACGAGCGUCUGCAAGCACUGGCGGACCGGCUUUCCAACAUUCGCGACGGCCUCGACGCCGAGCACCGCAAGGCUGGCAAGCUCUUGAGUCUCGACCUCGAUAAAAAGCUGCAUCUGGAGAACUCGCAGCAAUACGGAUAUUGCUUCCGUGUGUCGAAGGGUGAUUCGCGAGCGGUCACCAGCGACAAGAACAAAUGGCGCGAGCUCGGAACCCAGAAGAACGGCACGUACUUCACGACUCCAACACUCAAAGACCUGUCGACGGAGUACAUCGAAGUCACGGAGCAGUAUACCCGCACGCAGAGCGGCCUGGUCAAGGAGGUUGUCAAUAUCGCUUCGACAUACACACCUGUGUUGGAAGCUUGGAAUAAUGUAAUUGCCCACCUCGACGUUAUCGUGAGCUUCGCGCAUGUCGCAGUGAACGCGCCGGAGACCUACGUGAAGCCUGAGAUCCUAGAGAAGGGUUCGGGGAGCUUGGUUUUGCAGGAGGCCCGACACCCAUGCUUAGAGGUGCAGGACGACGUGAGCUUCAUCCCGAAUGACGUCGAGAUGAUCAAAGAUUCAAGCGAGUUCCAGAUUAUCACUGGCCCGAACAUGGGAGGAAAGAGCACCUACAUCCGUCAAGUUGGGGUUAUCGCGCUCAUGGCACAGACCGGGAGCUUCGUCCCAUGCGCUUUGGCCCGCAUCCCCAUCUUCGAUUCGAUCUUGUGCCGUGUCGGCGCAGGUGACAGCCAGCUGAAGGGUAUCUCGACGUUCAUGGCCGAGAUGCUCGAAACGGCCACCAUCCUCCGUUCGGCUUCCAAGGAUUCCCUCAUCAUCAUCGAUGAACUCGGAAGAGGGACUUCAACGUAUGAUGGCUUCGGGUUGGCUUGGGCUAUCUCUGAGCACAUCGCAUCGGAAAUCCAUGCGUUCUGCAUGUUUGCGACCCAUUUUCACGAACUAACCGCGCUGGACCAGCAGAUCAAGCAUGUCAAGAACCUCCACGUCGUAGCACAUGUUUCCAAUGCCGAGGACAGGGGACAGGACCGCGACAUCACCCUACUGUACAAGGUCGAGCCCGGCGUCUGUGACCAGAGUUUCGGCAUUCAUGUGGCGGAGCUCGCCAACUUCCCGGAGAGCGUCGUGAAGCUUGCAAGAAAGAAAGCAGAAGCCCUCGAAGAUUUCGCUCGUGACAAAUCUGAGCCUGAGCUUCCUGACGACGUGGUCGAAGAAGGCGCGAAGAUCAUCGAAGACAUGCUGCGUUUGUGGGCUUCUUCAGGCGGCCACGACGGUGAAGACGUCGUGAUGGAGGACGAGGACGCAUCUCCCGAAGACCAACUGGCCGAACUUAGACGAUGCGUGGAGCAGUUCCGUCCGAGGAUCGAAAGCAACGCGUGGGCGCAGGGCAUUAUCGCGGCCCUAUAG